AUGUUAAAGUUUAGCUGGAUUUUAUUCGAAAUUCAAUUGAUACAUUUUAAUCUGUGUUCUGCACGCAUCCUCCUUUACGACACAGAAGACAGCGCUUUGGAGCAGUUCGAUUGCAUACACUACACCGCCUACGGAGAGCGAGUUUCCUAUUGUCGUCGAGUACUCACGGAAACGUUCACGAUUGGAUGGGAAUAUACUUCGUGUCUCAACGAUGGUACUAUGUGGACUUUUAAAGAAUUACUUGACGGAAAAAAGAAGCCAAGCGAUGUACUAAGUUGGAGUUCGAGUGUUGAAAGGGCAGAUAAUUACGCUAGUCUUUACUAUAAUCGUUCCUGGAAAUGUAGUGAAUGUUGGUUAUGCCAGUGCAAACCAGGAACGUUCGGUACUUUUUGUCAAUAUCAACUUACUCAUGAAGCUCAUUCAUUUGAAGAAAGCAUCAAAGCACAAUUUCAACAGAAAGAAUCUGAUCGAUGGGGUAUUCAGCAGCACGGUAAUAUUCUUUGUUAUGUAACACUAAAAUGCAAUCAUGGUCAAUUGUGCUUGGAUUGGAGAGACAUCUGCGACGGUUACCAACAAUGUAUGCACGGUCUCGACGAAGAAAACUGUGAUUUACUUGAAUUCAAUGAAUGUGAAGUAGAUGAAUACCGAUGCGACAAUGGAAUGUGUAUUGCUGAAGAGUUUUGGCUUGAUGGAGUUCUCAAUCCUUUCAAUAUCACUGGAGACAACACAUAUCCAAUUGAAACAGAUUGUAUGGAUUGGACGGAUGAGACUUGGGGACGCAGCGGCUAUUGGUGUCCUACAAAUCCACGUAAUAUAGAAUGUGAUGAACAUAUAACACCGCUUCAUGCAUGGUCCUGUGGAGAUGGUCAGUUUAUCGAAUGGAAAGAGCGCAUGAAAUUUCAACAAAUCAUACCACCAGAUGAUACGUGUUAUAAUCUGAGAAAUCUAUAUUAUCUAUGCGAAUUAGCUCGACCUCAGCCAUUAUGGACGUUUAGGAACGGUAUGUGUAACAAUCAAGUUGGGUAUGAUGAUCUAUCGCGGGAUAUGAACAUGCAAUUAGACAAUACAACAAGAUGUACGUACGUUAUGCGAUGCGGAUUAUCUAACGGAUUUGAACGUGAUUGCCCUUGCAAUUAUAAAAAUUGUUCAUCAAUACUGACUACUGUUUGUAACAGAGAAUUAAUCUAUACGUUAUCAGCAAGCAUUAUUCGACCAUAUAUACAAGGAUAUUAUCAUUGGGCUGAUAAACAGGACUGGACUAAUCCAGCGAUGGAUGAAUUCCGACUCGAUGGAGCCGUCAAAUGUCGAGGAUAUGAGGCAUCAACUAUUACACCAUUUUCCAUUGUAAGUCACGCAAUAGAUAAAGCUGAAGGUAUUCUGUGCUUUGAUAGAGAUCCGCUUAUUAAACGUAAUUACACAUCAAAGCAUAAAUUUCAUGAGUCGUGUUGGAGCAAUGAAUCAUUGACGUUCAAUAAUCGACGUUACGCCUUCGUUGAUAUCUGUACCUCAGGCAGACGUAAAUGCAUUUCACAAUAUCGAAUUCAAAACAAAAUUUCUGAUUGCACUGACUCUCAGGAUGAAGAUGCAUCAUUAACAUUGGAAAAUCUGUGUUGGAAUCUUCGAAAACAUCGCUUCCGAUGUUCUUCUCAGCAACCUUCCUGCAUCAGUGUACAACAUUUUCAUAGCGGAUAUGCUUUAUGCAAAAAUCUGUUCGAUGAAAACUUAUAUGGCACAGGUGUCAAAUUAAACACUAUUGCUUGUCUCUUUAGAGAAGAUCCCAACUGCUCAUUAUUGAAAAAAUACAUUAGCAACUCGUGGAUGAAUAUUUCGAAAGAGAAUGAUCCAGUCGCAGUGCAUCCUAGUAAACCGACUACUCGUCUACAGCAUCAUUACUAUUGUGAUACUAUCUGGCAGUUGCCUGACCGAUCAGACGAAUCGAGCAUCUUUUGUAAAGACUGGAUAUGUUUACCCCAUCAGUAUCAAUGUAGAACAGGACAAUGCAUCAGUCUGGCUUGGGUUUGCGAUGGCGAAUGGGAUUGUUCCGAUGCAUCCGAUGAAGAAGCCAUAGUUCUUAAUCAACCAUGGUCGAGUCACAAUGAACGGCUGAACUCGACUCUAGCUGAACGCGUUAAGAAUUGUGUGAUGCGAUAUUCCAAACAACUAUUUUCUAACUUAUGCAAUGCUUUUGAAUAUCCUUGCUAUCCAGCAAAUAUAACAAAACUGUCGGAUGUUCUCAACGGCACUCAACGCCCCUGCAUCGAUUUGAAUCAAAUUGGAGAUGGUGUUUCCGAUUGCUACAUGAGUCUUGAUGAAAGAAAUUUAGUUUCCAUCCGCGAUAAUAAUGAAAUGCUCGGAUUUAAUUUUCGCUGUAGUGGAAAUUCCUACGAACGAUAUCCAUGGGCUUGUCUAGACCAAUACUCGUGUUUUGAUCCUAUACUAUGUUCGUAUAAGAGCUGGGAUAAAACAUUUUGUUUCGGUAGGACAGAUGUCGUUUGUUUCAAUAAAACAUGCGCAAUACACGCACGAUGCGACGGUGUCCAUGAUUGCUUACCUCAUGGCAAAGAUGAAUAUUGGUGUGCUCCGGAAACUGCAAGGUACUCAUUACAACCAUAUCGUCAAACUAAAACGCUAGUACCAGCACAACGAUACUUGCAUUGGUUUCUCUUUCCAACACCACAUGCACCCCGUGUUAUACCAAAGUUAAAUAAACAAUCUGACCAUUUCUAUGCACAUUCUUAUAUAUGUAAUCGUGGUGUUGCUAUAAUAGAUCAUAACCGUACGAUUUUCUGUUUUUGUCCACCUGCUUAUUACGGAUUCAACUGUGAAUAUUUCGCCGAUCGAAUCACUGUUGUCACUCGACUAGAUCGAACGACGUUACCGAAAUUCCUUCAAAAUGUUACAUUGAUAAUUCAAACAACUUUGCUGUUUGAUGGUAACGUCAUAGAUCAUCACGAAUUUUAUUCCGAUCCCGCUUUUGACGAUAAACUUAAACAAAGAUUCUAUCUUAUUUACUCACGUUCAAAUGUCAUGUUGGAACACAAAAAAUCACGAUAUCUGAAUCGAUCAGAUAUUAUCGAAAACCACCCGUACGCAGUUCACUUCGACGUUUAUUACCAACCAAAGAAUGAAUCAGUGCCUGAAGAAUUAGGCUCAUGGCAUUACCCAGUCUAUUUUGAUUUUCUUCCUGUACAUCGGUUAGCACCUGUACUUAAGUUUCCUGCUUGGUUCAAUGAUACUACGAAUUCUCCAUGCCAAAACAAUACUUGUCCACUGAAUACUUAUUGUAAACCGCUCUUCACGAUUAAUACCAAUACGAUGAAGUACUAUUGUUCUUGUAAAAGUGGAUUUUAUGGCAAGAAAUGCCAACAAUAUCAAUCCAAAUGUGAAACAUAUUGUGCAAACGAUUCCAUUUGCAAAUACAAGCAUCGUGGAAUUUUGUCCAACACAGAAAAUCCGUUUUGCAUUUGUCCGUUGAAUCGUUUUGGAUCGCGAUGUCAUUUACGUCAUGAGGAAUGUGACGAAAAUGUAUGUCUGAAUAAUGGAACAUGUCAUGUGACUCGUGAUCCAAGCGGAGAGCGAUCAUUUGUUUGUAUUUGUUCGUCCUUCUUUUUCGGAUAUCGAUGUCAAGAAGAAAGAGCGUCUGUUCGAGUUAAAAUUGUUGAUUUAACAUUUACUCAACCAGUCGCGGUGCUUGCACAAUUCUUUGAUGUUCAUAAUCGUUCUUUCGAACUACAGUUUCGUCAUCAAAUAGUUUAUACACAUGUACCGACAACUAUUCUUUACAAUCAUGACCAAACAUUUGUUCCAACCAUAGGCGUUCUUCAAAUCUAUGAGCACUCUUCAGAAACACCUUUAUACUAUAUCAUGUAUAUUCAAUAUUCGAUUCCUCAAAUCAAUGUUACAUCAUCACCUGCUCAUUGUCCAAAUGUAUCUAGUAUCGUGACAUUGCCAUUCAGCGUUUACAAAUAUCAUCAUAUCUGUCGGAAUAAUUCGAAUUUAUUCUGUUUCUACGAUUUGUAUUAUCUUUGUAUUUGUGAGCAAGAUCACUACCGUGUGAAUUGA